AUGGUCUCCAAACUCCGCCGUCUAAUCGCAGACCACGCCGCCCUGCACGAAGACCUCCCCCCAAACUACCUCUUCCCUUCCGAAGAUGGCUCAGACGACAUGACGCAGCUCACAAUGCUACUGGCGGGACCCCAGGGCACACCAUACUCGCAGGGCCUGUGGCGACUCCACCUGAAGAUGCCAGAGGACUACCCGAAGAGCCCGCCCAAGGCGACGUUCAGGACGCGCAUUUGGCAUCCGAAUGUGGAGGAGUCGACGGGGGCCGUCUGUGUGGAUACGCUGAAGAGGGAUUGGAAGUCUAGUUUGACACUGAGGGAUGUUUUGGUUACGAUAUCAUGUCUUCUCAUCUAUCCCAAUCCGGACUCGGCGUUGAAUUCGGCAUCUGGUGCGCUGCUGCAGGAGGACUAUGACGCCUUCGCUCGUCAAGCGAAACUCAUGACAUCGAUCCACGCUCCCGUUUCAGCCGAUAUGCGCGAAGCAGUCACAGAAGCCAAAAUGCGCGGCGAAGACGCCGACACCGCGGUCCCGGAGCGACAACAAGAAGAACCAUAUCGCAACCUACGCUCAAGACAGGGAGCGGGUACAAGGAUCCAAUCGCUCACCAUGAAAAAGAGACAACCUCGACGCAGUGAACACCCAACAACACCCGAACCCCAACAGCAGUCAGACGACGAAAACGAGAAUGAGAACCCCGCCUGCUCAUUCAAAGAAAACGACCCAUCCCUCUCCCCCGUAAAGCUCGCCGCCGUCCCUUCCUCACGGGCACUAUCCCUCAGUCCGCGCAAAAACGCACACGGGAAACGACCCCUCGCAGACCUGACAACGGCAAUGGACGUCGACCCCUUUAUCUCGGACUCCGAGGAUCUACUCGUACCAGAUAUGGUAGACGGAAUGACAGCAUCAGAGCGGAACAUCGCCGCAAACACAAACACAAAUACAGCAUCAAUACCCUUCAUGACACCAACUCGCGAAACCCGAUCCCGAUCCCGAGAUCCCUCACCACAACGCAAAUCGCCUAAACUCUCCCUGCUAAAUUGCGGACCGAACAAUACUACCCGCCUCCGCGGCGAAAACACAGAUAUGAAUAUGCAAAUAUAUGAAGAUUCCCCGGAGGACGGGAAGGAGAAUCACUCCUCCUCUUCACUGAAGAACCCGGCAGCAGCCGGGGUAAUGCGAUCCGCCAACCCGCUCGCAAUCCUAACCUCGUCUACAACGGCAUCCGGCGCCUCGAGCGCAUCGGGUUCGAAACCUGGAUUGCUCAAGCCUGGUUCUGGGCUCGGAAUCCGUAAAGUUUCGGGGUCGGGAGGGUUGAAGAAGGCGAAGCCGCGGAUUGGGAUUCGGAGGCUUUGA